CAGUUUGACCGAGAGGAUAAAUGGAGCAAAAGCUAGAUCUUAUGGAUCAAGAAACAUUCUGCUGUUCUAUCUGUCUGGAUCUACUGAAGGAUCCAGUGACUACUUCCUGUGGACACAGUUACUGUAUGAACUGCAUCAAAAGACAUUGGGAUGAAGAGGAUAAGAAACUAAUCCACAGCUGCCCUCAGUGCAGAAAAACUUUUAUACCGAGGCCUGUCCUCCAGAAGAACACCAUGUUAGCUGAUUUGUUAGAAGAGCUGAAGAAGACUGGACUCCAAGCUGCUCCUGCUGAUCACUGCUAUGCUGGACCUGAAGAUGUGGGCUGUGAUUUCUGCACUGGAAGAAAACUGAAAGCCAUCAAGUCCUGUUUAGUCUGUCUGGCCUCUUAUUGUGAGAAACAUCUUCAGCCUCAUUAUGAUUCAGCUACAUUUAAGAAACACAAGCUGGUGGAGCCCUCCAAGAACCUCCAGGAGAACAUCUGCUCUCGUCAUGAUGAGGUGAUGAAGAUGUUCUGUCGUACUGAUCAGAAGUGUAUCUGUAGUCUCUGUUUAAUGGAUGAACAUAAAGGUCACGACACAGUCUCAGCUGCAGCAGAAAGGACUGAGAGGCAGAGAGAGCUGGAGGUGAGACGAGAAGAAAUCCAGCAGAGAAUCCAGGACAGAGAGAAAGAUAUGAAGCUGCUUCAACAGGAGGUGGAGGCCAUCAAUCACUCUGCUGAUAAAACAGUGGAGGACAGUGAGAAGAUCUUCACUGAGCUGAUCCGUCUCAUCCAGAAAAGAAGCUCUGAUGUGAAGCAGCAGAUCAGAUCCCAGCAGGAAACUGAAGUGAGUCCAGUCAAAGAGCUUCAGGAGAAGCUGGAGCAGGAGAUCACUGAGCUGAAGAGGAAAGACGCUGAGCUGAAGCAGCUCUCAAACACAGAAGAUCACAACCAGUUUCUCCACAACUACCCCUCACUGUCAGCACUCAGUGAGUCUACACACUCAUCCAGCAUCAAUAUCCGUCCUCUGAGAUACUUUGAGGAUGUGACAGCAGCUGUGUCAGAGCUCAGAGAUAAACUACAGGACAUCCUGAGAGACACAUGGACAAACAUCUCACUGACCCUCACUGAGGUGGAGGUUUUACAGUCAGAACCAGAACCAAAGAGCAGAGCUGGAUUCUUAAAAUAUUCAUGUGAAAUCACACUGGAUCCAAACACAGCAAAUAGUUAUCUGUUACUAACAGAGGGGAAGAAAAAGGCAACAGUGAUGGAUCAACAUCAGUCUUAUUUUAGUCACUCAAACAGAUUCACUGAAUAUGCUCAGGUUCUGAGUAGAGAGAGUCUGACUGGACGUUGUUACUGGGAGGUGGAGAGGAGAGGGAGAGUUUAUGUAGCAGUCGCAUACAAGAACAUCAGGAGAGGAGGAGAUGAAAGUAUAUUUGGAUGUAAUGACAAAUCUUGGGCUUUAGACUUCUACCAAAACAGUUAUAUAUUCUGGUACAACAACAUCUGGACCUCCAUCUCAGGUCCUGGUUCCUCCAGAGUAGGAGUGUACCUGGAUCACAGAGCAGGUCUUCUGUCCUUCUACAGCGUCUCUGAAACCAUGACUCUCCUCCACAGAGUCCAGACCACAUUCACUCAGCCGCUAUAUGCUGGACUUUGCAUUGGUUUUAAUACUGGAGACUCAGCUGAAUUAUGUAAACUUUAAUAAACCAAAAUCAGUUAUUGUUCCAUUAGUUGUUUUUGGGUUGUUUUUUUUGGCAAACAAUUUUUGUAUCAUUAUUUCAUGUCUAUUUCAAGCCUAUAUCAACAGCGCUUUCUGUUUUGUAUAGUUUAAUUUAAUGUCUCAAUAUUCUUCGCUGAAACUGCAGAUGAUAAAAAGAACAAAAGAAUAACAAGAAUAAUCAAAUGAUUCCCAGGUUGAAGAAGUGAAACCAGUUCUUUGAUCACCUUCUUGUUUGAACACAUUUUGUUGAGUCCUGACUCACAGGAGACAACAAAUAUUGUCUCAUUGUGGACUUGAGCUGAUUUCAUGUCUUGUUGAUUUUUAGGAGGAGAAACUUCACAAUAAAGCUGUCAUGUUGCUUCACUGUUUAGCUCUGUAAGUGAUGGUUGUAAUGAUUGAACCCAGAUUUGCUUUAUACUUCUUGGAACUGGUUUUUGAUAUAAUCUCUAAUUGUCAAGUUUUUUUUUCCACCCUCAUGUGUUCUGGUCAGUCUUUGGCCCUGUCCCAACACCUACACUACACCAUAUGCCUCUCUGUGAAGUGUGUAAUUUGUAAAAGUGCACAUAGGGGUUGAAGUGCCCAGGUUACAAGCGAACAACAUUGGAGAAUUGGGACAGUAGGUGUUACGUAAUUGACCCUUCACCUCUGCGCCAAAACUGCAACCUCAAAAAUGGCGGGACCCGUCGCUGUUUAUGGAGUCUUGCUGCUAAAAAUUAAAACUGCACCAGGCAAUUGUUUUGAGGAGAAGAAAGCUCAGGAAUGAGGAAGGAGGCCUAUACACCCAACUCUUCCAGCGGCGCCAGUGUCCGUUCAAAAGGUAAUUUCAUUGUUUUGGGCCUUGGACUGUCCAGAAUCACCCUGAAGCCAGUGGCGUCUUACAAUGUUGAGCCUGGCAAACCAGUAAAAAUAUAAAGGCGCUGUUUUCACAGUCUUGCUGCUAAAAAAACUAUUUAAAACUGUAACAAGUCUCAGGAGAGGGGUGGAACAGUGCCACCUACUGGAAGAUUGUGUUGUUACAUCACAUGUUUUUGAUGUAGUUAUUGUAACAUGCAACAGGUUCAUCUGCACUUGUAAAGAAAUGCAAUUACAUUAUUUGUAUGUGGUUUCUAACACAGUUUGUUUUCAAUAAUAAAAAUGUAUUCUUGUA